AUGGAGGUGCGUAUGACGCAGGAGUGGUUCUUGCAGCGCGGCCAAGUGUCGCGGAAGGUGCCGAAACAGUUUUUGAGCUGGCAUGAAGGUGUGCAGUUCUUGCAGUUGCGCCCGACGGCGCCCUGGCUGUGCGCACUCCUCUGCGGUAAGUGCCCUCGAGGCAUGUCGCUGGCAAGCUCCGAGCAGCUGGAGGCUUUGAAGGUGGCGCGCGAUCGCGCGGCCGAUGCUGCGAUGCGGGGUGACUCGCUGUUUGCGGAGGAGCGAGCGCCCAAGCGGCGGAGAGCAAGUGCUGACCACGAGGAGGUGCAUGUGGUGUCCGUGGACGUAAGCGGCACCCGAGUGCAGAUGUUGGUGCCGCUUAAGCACAGCAUGGACCUGCGGGUGGCAUGGGACAGCGCGCAGCUCGCUGCGGUGUUUGACAAGUUGGCGCAGGACUGCGAGAGCUGUGCCGCCACGUCGGCCAGGGAGUAC